GUGAAAGGUACCUUGGUAGGUGCUAAGGUACCAAUUACAGGUACCUGCUCAGCCUGGGCCAGCUGCGGUGCCUCUUUGUAGGUCGUUACGUUAAUAUGGCCGCAGCAGACAAAGCGUCAUCGUCGCCAGCACGCCUCACUUCCACCAUUCCAUGCUAACCGUCGUCACCACCUUCAUUCACACACUCACACAGUAGACACGAAGUAUGCGAUCACCAAUCUCGACAAAUUUCCUGGCGGCCGCCGCCGCCGUUGUCUUGGCCGGUCAGGCGCUCGCCGCCGCGUCCACGCCACCUCCCAGCAGCAGCAGCAGCAGCAGCGACGACGACGACACGCCCCUCCCCGUCGUCAUCUGGCACGGCCUCGGCGACAGCUUCGACGGCGAGGGCAUCCAGCACGUCGCUGACCUCGCCGACGCCGUCCACCCCGGCACCUUUGUCUACUCCAUCUCGCUCGCCGGCUCCGACUCCAGCGGCGACCGCUCCGCCACCUUCUUCGGAAACGUGACGCAGCAGCUCGACGCCGUCUGCGCCCUGCUCGCCGCCCACCCCCUCCUGUCCACGGCGCCCGCCGUCGACGCCAUCGGCUUUUCCCAAGGCGGCCAGUUCCUGCGCGGCUACGUCGAGCGCUGCAACUUCCCCCCCGUCCGCAACCUCAUCACCUUUGGCAGCCAGCACAACGGCAUCGUCGAGUUCAAGGCCUGCGGGCCCUCGGACUGGCUCUGCAAGGGCGCCAUGGCCCUGCUGCGCUUCAACACCUGGAGCAGUUUCGUCCAGAAUCGCCUCGUCCCCGCACAGUACUAUCGCGACCCUUCGUCGGCCCCGGCCUACGACACCUACCUCGACGCCUCCAACUUCCUCGCCGACAUCAACAACGAGCGCCCGCUCAAGAACGAGACGUACAAGAAGAACAUUGCUAGCCUCGAGAACAUUGUCCUGUACAUGUUCGAGGACGACACCACCGUCAUCCCCCGCCGCACCGCCUGGUUCGACGAGGUCAACGGCACCGACAUCACCCCGCUCCGCGAGCGCCGCAUGUACAAGGAGGACUGGCUCGGUCUGCGGGCGCUCGACCGCAAGGGCGGCAUCCACUUCCGCUCCAUCACGGGCGAGCACAUGCAGAUUUCAGACGAGGUCCUCAACGACACAAUGGCCGAGUUCUUCGGCCCGGUCAAGUCCAAGGCGGCGGACAUGUUUGAAUCCGACGAGCUAUGAGCCUUUGUAUUUUUGCCACUUGUGUACCUAGGGAGAGCCAGCGUAGUCAUUUUAUUUGCACUAGACAGAUGGCAGUAGCCAGUGGAUAUUGACAUAACCCCAACACUGACAUGACCAUG